AUGAAAAGUGUGACUAGUUUUAGAAAAUGUUCUAAAAUACUUGUUAAAGAAUUCAUUGUGAAUAUCUCUAAGGAUUAUGAUAACAAGCGGAGUAAAGAGUUUAGAAAGUCUUAUGUAAGAGGAAGGUGUGUUGAUUUCUCUCCUGAAAUCAUAAAUAGGUUUUUUGGCAGAAGUGAAGAAGAACAAGCUGAAGUGGAAGUUUCUGAUAAUGUCAUUUGCAGAGAAAUUACUACAAAGCAGGUAAAGGAAUGGCCUAGAAAAGGGAAGUUAUCAGCAGGUUGCUUGAGUGUGAAGUAUGUCGUACUUCAUAGAAUUGGAGUUGUUAAUUGGGUUCCAACUAAUAAUACUUCCAACAUUGCUACAAGAUUGGCUUUUCCCUCAUUAAUUUAUGGUGUAAUACUAAGUCAACACCCAAGUAUUUUGAUCAGUUCAGAUGUUGCCUGCAAAAGAGAUCAUCCCCUGUCAUUGCAUUAUAGGUUGUUCACGGAGAAACAUGUCCCAAAUAUUGUCAUGACAUUUGGCAAGAAACCUACUAUUUCUACUACUAGGAAAGGAAUCCUUGCUGAACUAAAAGACACUUGUAAAACCUUGGAUGAUACUAUCAAAGUUUGUACUGAAAGGAAGAGCAGGCUUGAGAUCCUGAUAAAGGAUUUGUCUGAAGAAGAGGCUGAGGGAAAUCUGGAAGGUGAUAAUGCGGGUGAAGAAGAUGCUAGUAAAGAAGAUGCUAAUGAAGAAGAUUUGUAUGCUAGUGAUGAUGAAGAGACAACCAACAAUGAUGAAGACUGA